AAGUGUUUAUGUGUGUGUGUCUGGUCUGGACUAGGCUUCUUUCUUAACCCUUAAUUUUUUCUUCAAAGGAGGAAUAAAAAAAAAGGAUGGUGGUGCCAGCUGUGUGAGUGAUUGAUUAUAUUGGGUGCUGCGGCUAUAUCAUGUUCUUCCCUCUCUCUUUCACUUUUCCAUCUUCUUAGGGUUUCCAAAUACCGUUUCUCUCUGCAAUCAAUCAUCGCUUCCUCUCACUCUUCACAACCAUAUAACAGAUUUUCACUCAAUUCCCUGAAAUCCAAAGCUACCGACACAAUCGCCCACCAUCGUUUCUUGUUUUCCCUCCAUUUUUGUACCACGAGUUUGUAAAAUAAAAGUUCUUAAGUUAUAGUUCACUACUGAUACCUUGCUUCAAUGGGGGAUGCUGAGAAUGCCCUUCCACCUUCAAAGAAAAGGACCGCCGGAGUGCAGCUCACUAAAGAUACUCCUGUUGAUGAUGGGGAAGAUGUCCCUGAACAUGAGACUGGCACUUUCAAGAGAGCUAGUGAUGAGGUUCUGGCAACCCGAAGGAUAGUCAAAGUUCGUCGCCAACAGAACAAUUCUGCUCCUUCUUCAAACCCAUUUGCAGGGAUACGCUUGACAACUCCCACUGACUCCGGUGCUAAUCCUGUUGAACCAACUGCUGAAAAACAAUCAGCUGGUGAGAACAGUGGUGCAGAUGAUUCAAAUGGCAAUGAUGCUACGUCAAAGGAAUCUGAGAAAGCUAAGGAUGAAGAAACUAAGCAAUUGGAGAGUAAAACUGAUACAGUAGAGGACAAAUCUGCUGCAAAGAACGAUGCUGCAGAAGAAAGCAAUGCAGAUCAGGAGCAUGCUGCAGAAAAGGAGAGUACUGUUGAUAAAUCUGAGGCAGAUAAGGAACAUAGUGAAGAUGUCGACAAAAAUGAAGUUGCGGAGAAGAAGGAUGCUGCAAGUAAGGAGAUUGCUGCUGAAAGUAAUACUGGAAACGAGGAUAAGAAAGAUAGCACUGACAAUGGCGAUGAGAAAGUUGAGAGUGCAGAACCAAGUGCUGAAGGUGGCCAUCUGAAGUCAUUUCAACAGCUCUCAAGUAGCCGAAAUGCAUUCACAGGUCUUGCUGGAACUGGUUUCUCUUCUACUUCGUUUUCAUUUGGGUCUGCUUCAAGUGAAGGGUCAGGUUCUAUCUUUGGUACAAAAAAUGACAAGCCUUUUGGUCUGGGUUUAUCCACCAAUGGAAGUUCUGUUUUUGGGGUAUCCGCAUCCUCUGCUAUUUCCAAGAGCGAGGGAAGUGGUUUUGCAGCAUUGCAGGAGGUUGUGGUUGAAACCGGUGAAGAGAAUGAGAAAGUGGUUUUUAAUGCAGAUUCAGUGUUGUUUGAAUUUGUUGAUGGAAGUUGGAAGGAAAGAGGAAAGGGAGAACUGAAAGUUAAUGUUACAACUGGCGAAGAAAAAGCAAGACUUCUUAUGAGGUCUAGGGGAAAUUAUAGACUGAUUUUGAAUGCUCGUCUUUACCCAGAUAUGAAGCUCACAAAUAUGGAGAAGAAGGGUGUUACAUUUGCAUGCAUCAACAGUGCCACAGAAGGGAAAGUUGGUCUUUCAACAUUUGCCUUGAAGUUCAAGGACCCAUCCAUUGUGGAGGAGUUUAAAGCUGCUAUCACGGCACAUAAGGAUAAGGGUGGUGGUGCUGCAACAUCAACAACAGCUCUCAAGACCCCAGAAAAUUCUCCAAAGGCAUCUGAUGAUUGAGAAAAUUAUUGGUCCAGAAAGUGUCUCACACUUUUGUGCUAGAUGGAUGCUGCUUUACUAUGACAAGAAAAAUUUUCCAUUCAUAGUUCAUUUUGCCGUUGUGUGGCAGAGUCUACUAUCAUAUAUUUCUAAGUAGUUGUAUGUUAGUUUAAGUCAAGUCUCCAAGCGAUAAUGGAACUUAAUUUUGGAUAAAUCUCGGAUUUUUUUAGACUGUAUUACCCAAAUUCUCCAACACUAAAACGAUCAAUAUUGUUGCUAUUUCCUGAA